UGCGCACGGCGCGCCCGCUGCCGGUUGGUGCCGGCGCUCCGCAGUGGGGGAGCGGCGGGCGCGGAGCCGCGGCCAGUCCCGGUGCCAGCCCAGUGCCAGCCCCGGGCGCAGCCAUGUCCGUGGUGGGCAUCGACCUCGGCUUCCUCAACUGCUACAUCGGCGUGGCGCGGAGCGGCGGCAUCGAGACCAUCGCCAACGAGUACAGCGACCGCUGCACGCCAGCAUGUAUAUCUUUAGGAUCCAAGACCCGAGCCAUUGGGAAUGCAGCAAAGAGCCAGAUCGUCACAAACGUAAAAAAUGCAGUACAUGGCUUCAAGAAACUGCAUGGAAGAGCGUUUGAAGAUCCUUACAUCCAGGCUGAGAGGGCCAAACUUCCCUAUGAACUUCAGAAGAUGCCAAAUGGCUCCGUAGGAGUAAAGGUGAGGUACCUGGAUGAAGAGAGACUGUUUGCAGUGGAACAGAUCACAGGAAUGCUGCUGGCCAAGCUGAAGGAGACUUCGGAAAGUGCUUUGAAGAAACCAGUGGCUGACUGUGUGAUUUCAGUCCCCAGUUUCUUCACUGAUGCUGAAAGGAGGUCUGUAAUGGCAGCUGCACAGAUUGCAGGAUUAAAUUGUCUGAAGCUGAUGAAUGAAACUACAGCAGUUGCAUUAGCCUAUGGAAUAUACAAGCAAGAUCUGCCAGCCUUGGAAGAGAAGCCAAGAAAUGUGGUCUUUGUAGAUAUGGGGCAUUCUGCAUAUCAAGUUUCCAUCUGUGCUUUUAACAAGGGAAAACUGAAGGUCUUGGCCACUACCUUUGACCCUUUCGUAGGUGGCAGGAAUUUUGAUGAGGCUUUGGUAGAUUACUUCUCUGAAGAAUUUAGGACAAAAUACAAACUGAAUGUAAAAGAGAAUCCCCGAGCACUGCUGCGAUUGUAUCAGGAAUGUGAGAAGCUCAAGAAGCUGAUGAGUGCGAAUGCAUCUGACCUUCCCCUCAAUAUCGAGUGCUUCAUGAAUGACCUGGAUGUCUCCAGUAAGAUGAACAGAGCUCAGUUCGAGCAGCUGUGUGCUGCCCUUCUGGCCAGAGUGGAGCCUCCUCUAAGAGCAGCCAUGGAUCAAGCCAAACUUCAGCGUGAAGAUAUCUACAGUAUAGAAAUAGUAGGUGGGGCUACUAGAAUUCCAUCAGUGAAGGAACAGAUCUCUAACUUUUUCUGUAAAGAGAUAAGCACCACGCUAAAUGCUGAUGAAGCUGUUGCAAGAGGCUGUGCCUUGCAGUGUGCAAUUCUUUCUCCAGCUUUUAAAGUACGUGAGUUUUCCAUCACAGAUGUUGUUCCUUACUCUAUAACAUUGAGAUGGAAAUCAUCUUACGAAGAAGGAACAGGGGAGUGCGAAGUCUUCAGUAAGAACCACGCUGCUCCAUUCUCAAAAGUAAUUACCUUCCACAAGAAAGAGCCUUUUGACUUGGAAGCUUAUUAUACCCAUCCACAUGAAGUGCCUUAUCCUGAUUCCAGAAUAGGGCGUUUCACUAUUCAGAACGUUGGUCCCCAGCACGACGGUGACAACUCCAAGGUGAAGGUGAAAGUGCGCGUCAACAUCCACGGGCUGUUCAGCGUGGCCAGCGCGUCCAUCAUAGAGAAGCAGAGCCUUGAGGGGGAUCACAACGACACCCCCAUGGACACCGAGUCAGCAAGUAAGAACCAAGGCAGAGAUGAGGAGCUGGAUAAAAUGCAGGUUGAUCAAGAGGAAGGUGUGCAGAAAAGUCAAGCUGAACAACAGAACCAAGCAGAUGAGGAAACUGAAAAUGCCGGAACUGAAACAAAGGCUACCUUUGGAGAAAAGCAAGAUAAUCCCUCCCAGCCAAAGUCUAAAACCAAAGUGAAGAGUAUUGACCUCCCAAUACAGGCAAGCCUCUGUAGGCAGCUGGGACAAGAUCUGAUUAAUUCCUAUAUAGAAAAUGAGGGGAAGAUGAUGAUGCAAGACAAACUUGAGAAGGAGCGAAAUGAUGCGAAGAAUGCUGUUGAAGAAUAUGUGUAUGAAUUCAGAGACAAGCUGUGUGGAGCCUUUGAGAAAUUUAUCACUGAAGAAGACUCAAACAAGCUGACCUUGAUGUUGGAGGACACAGAAAACUGGCUUUAUGAGGAUGGAGAGGACCAGCCAAAACAAGUAUACAUGGAUAAGCUUCAGGAAUUAAAGAAAUUUGGACAGCCUAUCCAGGAAAGAUGCAUGGAACAUGAAGAGAGGCCAAAAGUUCUAAAUGAUCUGGGAAAGAAGAUUCAGCUCCUUAUGAAAGCAGUAGAAGCAUACAAAAAUAAGGAUGAAAAAUAUGACCACCUAGAUCCUGCUGAGAUGGAGAAAGUUGAAAAAUACAUUAAUGAGGCUAUGAAUUGGUUGAACAGCAAAAUGAAUGCCCAGAACAAGCUCAGUCUAACUCAGGAUCCAGUUGUCAAAGUGGCAGAAAUACUAGCAAAAUCUAAGGAAUUGGAUAGCUUCUGUAAUCCCAUUCUGUCCAAGCCCAAGCCGAAGAUAGAACCUCCUAGUGACGGGCAGGCCAAAGCUAACGGGGAGCACAACGGGCCAGUGAACGGACAGAGCGCUGCUGAAACAAAACCCGAACCAGCCAAGGACAACCCUCAGCAGACCAAACCCCUCGGAGAAAUGGAAGUGGACUAAACCUUGCAUUUCUUUUACUUCAUUAAAAUAGUGCAAGUAACCACAGGGUCCAUUCUUUUUGUCUGGUACACACCUCAGAUGUUCAGUUAUUCUUAGCCAAACUUCUGUCAUUUGUUGCUGAGUAGUUUUGAAAGUGUUUUAUAUUAAGUACACCUCUGAUGUUCAUUUCCACUGAUGCUGCUUAUGUGGAGCUUUAGCCAAAUGUAGAUUGUAUAAGUCAGUUGAAGCUUUCCCAAUAUAUUUUAUAUCAAACAUACAGAAUUGAUAUAUAAAUGGCAACAAUCUACCUUAUUUAAAGCUUUUAUUGUGGAUAAACCUCAGCUCCUUUAUUCAGGAAAGGAUACUGUAUUGCACUACUGAUGCUCAAGUGUAGAUCUAAUUGCAUCUUUAUUUUGGAAAAAAUAUUGGAAUUGAAGUGGCAAAACCUGUCACUUGAAGCACUGACCUUUUCUAGUUAUUGUAUUGUUAUAAUUUAAAUAUUAAAAUAGAGGUUAGUUGGCAUACCGGUCCCAUCUUGUUGAUGUACCAUGAGAAUUGUGCAGUCUUUUUCAUAGGAACUGAAUAAUACGAGCUUAAGCGUUUUUUGGGUUCCCAUACCACUGCCAGUCUUCACUGCAAACUGCUCCAGCACUGUGGCUCUGCUGUGUGCUGGAAUCCCUGGUCUCUGCACAUUGCUGUACAUACCCUACUGAGCUUAGGACAGCGUGAUGCUGGUGAGAACAGGAUGAAAGAGGAGACCAUUCAAGGCCUGCUGCAUAGCUUUCCCUUGAAAAUGCACAUGGAACUAUUUCUGUUUCUUUUGUUUUGAAUUCAGUUUACAUCUGAUUGUAUCUCAUCCAGGGGAGGGGAAACAACAGAAACCGUGCUGUGCAACCUGGGUAUCACCACCCUGAUUUUGAGGUGGCUUAAAUGCUGUUUGGUGCAAACUUGAAAGAAAUGUUCAGAGUUUAUUUAAGCCUUGAUGCUCAGCACAUAAUUUUUUUGGUCAAGGACCAAAACAAAAGAACUUCAAAACUGGAUAUUAGUACCCCAAAGGUGGAAUCUACCUGAUGAACUUGCAUAGCUUACACUUAGCUUUGGUCAUUUAGCUUUCUAAUGAAAGUGUCUACAAUAUAUUACACAGUAGAAUCACUGUUUUCUUUGAUAAGUCUUAAACGUUGUCAAGGUCCAGUCUAUGUCCCAGAUAUAUUCCAAAUGCUUCUGUCAGUCACUGAAGUGCUGCAGCACUUGCUAAAGCCAGUCACUAUUGACUUCAAACAACUCUUCUGUUACCAGAGUGGGAAUGAGCUACUCUAACUAUGAAAAGUGGUUUCUUUACCUAACAUAAGAAACUAAAAUAAGUUGCAGUGAUUUGAACUCUGUCCCAGAAACAAAUUCAGAUGUUAACCAGGCACUCCUACAGCAGCUCUCCCAUAGGAGGUUGUUGCUACUGUAAAGAAGUGAAGAACCACAAUCUUGUUUCUGCCUUUGGCAGCCAUUUUAUCUUCAGCUGUGCCCUUCAUCUUCUACCACUGUUAAUGCUACAGGAAGUAACUCAUGACCCCUGGGAGAGGUGGAUUCAACUCUCCCAUAUUUUUACAGAAAAAGGAAGCAUCAUUGAUGCCUGUAUAUAAAUCUGCCAGACUAGUUACAAGUGCUGGAAUUGCAUCUUCAUGACUGCCAUGAGGUGACCAAGAUGAAUGAACUUUGCUCUUGUUCCUGUUCCUCUUCAUGCAAUCAGUGUGGAUGGUCUGACACUAAGUUUACGUGUUGAACAAAAACUGAGUGACUUUGAGGAGAGCUGUUCUGCAGCUCCUCUGCAACCUCAGUCUUGAGUUCCACCAUGGUAGUCGCACCUCUGGUGCUGAGGGGUGACUGUACUGCAGCAUCAGCUGUCCUUUCAGUCAGGCUGGGCUGGCUUUGGUCUCGUAGGCUUUAACACCAUUUCUAUCCUGAUGGCUUUUACCACAGCAGUGUAAUGAGCAGCAUUCUCAAGUACUGGCUUCCUAAAAUCCAGCUACACAAUAAUUUGUCUAGGUAGACUUCUUGGAACCUGUGGCAGAAGAGCACAAAACUGCAGAAAUCUCCAGUGUCAGCUCUCCAGUAGCUAAAGGGUCAUGUGCAAGAACAGUGUCCUCUGCUCAUGGCCAUCAGAUGCUUAAUACAACAUCACAGAUGUUUGAGGCAAUGCUUAGGAUAAAGGCUAGAAUAAUUCUGCACGCUUAAAAGCAGAUAUCGUUCAGACUAAGAGUUGUAAUCAAAUUUUCUUACUAGAAUAGGUUUGGUUUUUUUUACUGUGCCUCUGGUCUGUCUCUAGAUCCCUGCUGAAGAGGAUUGCUGCCCACAGAAGCUGGCUCUGAGGUCCAUGUUAGGAAUCCCAUUUGGGAUGGCAGAGUUGAUCUUUCCACAGUGAGGUUCACAUUAAUAUAUGAUUUGCUCCUAUGUAAUCUGUUUCCUGUUACAAAGAGGAGAUUUUACCAGGACAGAUUUAAGUACUUACACACUAUGCACAACUUGAGGUUUUGUGUGUCAGACUCAAUGAGAAAGGACCCUCUGCCUCCCCUGACAGCACCAGAGUGUUUUUGCAACAAAAAGUUUUGGUAGGGAACCAGCAGCAGUGUACUGCUCUGCAUCUUAUAUUAUAACAGUAGGUAUUUGUUGAUAAUGUCUUACUUUAUGCUGAUGUCAAGAUACAUUUCUAGUAUUUGAAAACGCUCCCUCUGUCCCACAAAAAGAAAAAAAAGGAAGCAACACUAGCCUUGUAAAGGCAGUAGAGUUUGUUUAAAAAACAAAAGUUUUGUAAAUCAGGUUCAGAAGUGUUACAUAUUUUGUUUUAAUUUUCUUGACUAAACUAAGUUUAGUUCAGAACUGAUUCAUUAGUUCCUUUCCACUUUUUUUAUUACAGUACUUUAGACUCCAGGGAGUUUCUUCAAACUUCAAAUGUAACAUAAACAGAUUCGUAACACUCAAGUUAGGGUUUUAUGCACUUCUUUCUUGAAGCUGCUGCUUCAUGACAAAACACCCCUUGAUUUUGAGUGAAGGAUUUGAUUUUGCAUGUCUGAAUUUGAAGGAAGACUCCUCUCUCUUGCUAGCUUCUGGCAAUGUCCUUGCACUGCUUAAAUACUGCCUUUGGGGCAUGCUUGCAGAACAGUAAGCAGCUGGUCCUGAAUGCUCGGAGAGGCAGCUGGGAAACACCCAACCUGUAUUCCACAACCUGUAUUCCCUCCCAAGGCCACAGGGCAGAGCGAGGGGGAAGAUGCCCUGGCUCUGGCACAGCAGCACAGGAAGGGCAGUGCAGUGUCUGCAGUCUAGCUCUGGAGUUCUGGACACCUUGGGGUGUGUGGGAUGGAGGUUUUGCUUCCUCCACCUACAAGUGGAAGCUGUUAAGGUAAAGCAUCCAAUCGCUGUGUUGAUGAGAUAUUUCUUUGUAUCUUCAACAUUUGAAAUUCCUUAGUAUUUUACAACAUCUCUGUGUGCUGAACGCCAAUCUCUCCUACAGAUUGCUAAUGACAGUUCUCAAAUGCUCCAUAUUUAAUUCUGGGUUUUCCUGUAACGAUUAUGUGAAUGUAAUUUCAGGAAACAAGCAAGGAGCUGUCAGAAGGGUUUCCUUCCCAAUUAUUUUUUGACACCAGUGUGAAAAAUUAACAGCCUUAACAAAAUGUGGAAUCUACACUUGCCAGAGCUCUGGUUUUCCAUGCCUCUCAGUUAACCAAUGCUGCAUCUAAAACAUGAAUCUGUGUUGCAAACACGCUGCGUUUGCUGGUUCAAAUCACCUGCCCAGCUGCUACUGUAGAAAAAGCAGCUAAAUGCAAUUCCCAUAGAUCAGUGCCAUCAUGAACUUCAUUCCUCAAAACAGGACUUUUCAGUGCUGUGUAAUCACACUGUAGUACUUCCACACUUCUGUGAGUCCUUCCCAAGUGAAGCUCAGAUGCCCAAACUUGAGUUGUGGGCUGAUACAAGGUCUGCCUGCUCUAAGGAUGUUUAUAUUAGUUGCCACUAGCUGUGAGUUUAUUGAUUGGAUGGAGGAAUAUUUUGUUGCCUCUUCUGCUACUCUUAAGUUUUCUCAUCUUUCAGGCACCAGGAGACAGAAACUCAAAAGAGGUGGGGAAAAAAAAAAUGUUGUUUAACAAAAGGUGUUAAUGCCUCAUAAAUUAUAACUUCAGCUCCCAAGAUAGCAGUUGGAGUAUAAACACAAGCUCUUAGUAGCUUCAGAAAGUGUGUGGGGGCUGACUCCUAGCUGAAUUCUUAAUUUUCUGCAGUUGAAAUUUGAAGACUUCAACCACUUACUACACAUGUAAAUAAUAGUGAAAAAAGUAAAUGUGACUUGGCACUGCAGAAUAUUAAACCAGGAAUGUGCUUGAUGUGACUUACUUGACACAGCUGUUAACCUUGGUUUCCUUCUUUCCUGGUCAGAAGGAAAUAUGUCAAGCAGUGAAAACCAGGAAUCACUGCAAUGAAAUCCAGCGAGAAUAACUUUAAACAAAAAUGCAGUUAAGAGCUAUACCCACCAGCCACCUUACUAAGUGUUGAAAUAGUUUAAUUAAGUUGAUCAAAAAAGGUGGUAGUCCCUGAACGUUGCAGUGUUUCGAAAAGUUUCUUUCCAUAAUUGAUAACCAUAACUCCAGGGGAUGAGGAGGGAGGAAAUGGGAGCGUCAGAAUUUAAAGCGGUGUUUAAGUAUGGAAAAUGUUUACCAUGUAUGUAAAUGGGAUCCUUAGUAGUGAAAGAUCAUGUGCAAUUGACAAGACUUGGAUUUAUUUUUGAAUGGCAAUACAGAUUGUCAAGGUUGUGUAUAAUUAUAAUAAAUAUAUAAACCGCUACUUGAACCAGAAA